AUGGCUCUAAUUUCCAGCGAACAGCCAUUGAACGGAAGAGGUGACGGGGAAAUUGAAGACAAGGAGAUACCCAUCAAAGGUAUUCCUGAAGUGGUUUCUUCUACAAUGGCUACAAUACAGGACGACGAUGAGCGACUGCUGGCGCGAAUAGGAUAUAAACAGGAGCUGAGGAGAGAAUUUUCAAAAUGGUCUACAGUUUCCUACGCAAUCUCCAUUCUUGGAGUUCUUGGUUCUGUUCCAGCAACCUUUGGCCCACCUUUGGCUGCUGGUGGUCCUGCUACAGCAGUAUGGUGCUGGUUUAUAGGAUCCUUUAUGGCCAUGUGUAUUGGUAGUUCUGUUGCUGAACUUGUGUCAGCAUAUCCCACAGCCGGGGGGAUGUAUUUUGUAACGAAGCACGUUGUACCUCCAAAUCAAGUUGCAAUAUUUUCCUGGAUUCAAGGCUGGUGCAAUUUGCUUGGACAGACUGCUGGUGUAUCCAGUGUUGCAUAUACCGUAAGCCAGAUGCUGCUGGCUUGUGCAAGUAUGAACUCUUCCCUAGACAACGGGAAAUACUCAUAUUCGCCGACUGCCCUUCAAACCGUACUUUUAUCUAUUGCAUUACUGUGCGCGAUGGGUGUGGUGUGUUCUUUGACCACCAAAAUUUUGCACAGAAUUGUCCUGUGGUUCGCCCCAAUCAACAUUCUUGCUUCAAUUGCCAUUUGUAUUACACUCUUGGUCCUGACACCCCAUAAACAGUCCGCUAAGUGGGUGUUCACCAAUGUGACGGAUGGUUCCGGGUGGAAUUCAAGGGGGUUUUCGUUUCUUUUGGGAUUUAUAUCUGUGGCUUGGACCAUGACUGAUUACGAUGGGACAACUCAUAUGUCAGAAGAGACUCAUGACGCUGCGAUCCGUGGCCCCAUGGCUAUUCAAACAGCUAUCCUUGUAUCGGGUGUUCUUGGAUGGAUGCUAACUGUUACAAUGUGUUUCUGUUUGACUGAUUUGGAUGUGAUAUUAAAAUCUCCCACUGGCCUACCAGCUGCCCAGAUAUUCUUUAAUGCUGGUGGACGAACCGGUGGGACUAUAAUGUUUUCAUUUUCCAUUCUUGUUCAAAUUUUCACUUGCUGCUCUGCCAUGCUUGCUGAUACCAGAAUGGCCUAUGCUUUCGCACGUGACGAUGCCCUCCCUUUCUCAAAAUUCUUUUCGCAGGUUAACCCCUAUACAUUAACACCCGUCAAUGCCGUCUGGUUUGUGGUUUUCUUCAGCAUUUGCUUAAACUGCAUUGCCAUCGGAUCUACACAGACAGCUACAGCCAUAUUCAAUAUCACAGCGCCUGCCCUUGACUUGUCAUAUAUCGCCGUUAUAUUGGCCCAUCAACUAUAUAAACAUCAAGUUCGGUUUAUCGAAGGGCCGUUUACGCUUGGGAAAUGGGGAACACCUUUGAACACUAUUGCCAUUGUCUGGGUGCUAUUUAUUAGCGUGGUCCUUUUCUUCCCUCCUACUAGGCCAAUCACCCCACAGAAUAUGAAUUAUGCUAUAUGUGUGGCUGCAUUUAUAGCACUGUUCUCACUGUCAUGGUGGUGGCUUUCUGCUAGACGAAAAUACACUGGGCCAUGUACCAAGGACAUACUCCAGGAAGUUGGGACUGAAGACAUAGACAACCCCUACGGGACUGCAAUUGAUUUCGAUGCAUGA